CCUAAACCAAAUCUAAUGAUGUCGUGACAGUUGUUUUUGGCACUUUUAUAAUACAAUAGAUCGUAUUACAGGGAGAUUUUCCCCAUUGUAAUAUACAAAUUUAAUAAAACUAAUGGAGGAGUGCUUACUGUUAAUAAAUAUGCGCGUGUGACUCUGUAAACUUUUACGACAAUGGAGACCAUAAUUAGGCGUAGAAGAGUUCCACGUUGGCGGCAGACGCCGGUAACACACAGCUGGAAGUUCAUUUUUCAGUUCAGACAUUACGAUGUUGUCUAGAAAGAUGGGGUUGCAAACAUAAAAUGAGAUGAAAAUGUUUCACAACUGCAAGAGAAAAAAUGAGAGCGUAUUUUUAUCUUUUUGUUUUUGUGUAUCAGAUUUCUACCAUUGACAGAUGUCAGGCUAAAACUGUGUCGGGUGCAUUUUCGUCGGUAGUUUCACAGAGAGGAUGGGGCCAGUAUGUGACGACGUUUUGUUUUCACGGAAAUGGCAUGAUAAAUUUUACGCUUGAAGGAAAUCUGGAUAACCAGCCACAGUUAUUUCUCUUCACCAAUGAGGACCUGGAAGAUUCGGAGCAGGAGGACUGCCUGGAUAAACUCGGCAGAGCUUCAUUUACAUAUGAGUUAAAGAAUACAACUGGCAACCUAAGCGUGACUGCCCUGCCCACCCCUCAUUUAUACCAUGUCAUGUUUGUUGAUCAGUUCACCUGCCUGGAGCCGGAUUCAAUAGAGGAAACAGAAACCUCCGGAAUCCAGUACACACUCCAGCUUCUGAAUCCAGACAGCCUGGGAAAUCCAACUGAACACUUUGGAGAUGAUGAGACGGGUCUGUUGCGGUUCUAUCAGCUGUUAACCCUGGCCUACUUUGUGCUGGGUUGUAUAUUUGCACCUCGACUCUAUGAGACGCUGAGUAAAGGGGGUCCGAUGCAGCUCGUUAUUGUGUUGCUGACCGUGUCCACCUGUUUACAAGCUACAGGGGCGUUCAUCAUGAUGAUUCACCUGGCCAGAUAUUCCAAAGAUGGAAUGGGGUCUGCAGUGAUAGAGUUCUUUGCUGAAUUCUUUGAUGUACUGUCUCAGUUUGCCAUGCUGUACAUGCUGCUCAGCCUUAGUCUGGGGUGGACACUGGGCACGUCUUAUCGAUUCUCACACCUCCAGAUGGUCAGUCGUAAACCGGCAGCUAAAGUGGUGGGAACCCUGGGAGUUCUUCAGGCUGUUUUGUUUGUGUGGGAGCAGAUCCAAGAUAGCGAUCACAGGAUGUACCAUGCACACCGUAGUUUUGCAGGAGUGGCCCUUGUUGUUCUGCGUAUUUUGCUGGCAGCCAUGUUUGCUUGGAAUUUGAAUGUGAUUGUGUCAUCAGAACGCAGUGCCCUGCGCCGAGAAUUUUACAAAUCAUUUACUAAGAGUUGUAUGCUAUGGUUUCUGUGCUAUCCACUCUUGGUUGUCUUAUCUUGGAUAUUCUAUGAAUAUCUCCGUUACAAGCUGAUUACGAUGGGCGUGGUCCUGUUUCAGUGCUGUGCUGUGGCCAUGCUGUACAAGUUGUUCUUUUCUCGUAGCCUGUACUGGGAGAUAUCUGCUCUCUCUAGCACUCUACCUCUGAGAAUGGACCGAACUUUAGGGCAUAAAUUGUACUCUUGACCAAGCGCUGCUGUCAGCUUGUAGUCAUGCAUGCUUGAGUUACUGGUUUUUAUGUGUGUGCAUAUUGAUUGCAUCAAAGAGAAAAAAAUUAUCUAAAGGUUUUGGGGAGCAAUUUUUUUAUCAUUAUAAGUUAAGCUUUGUGUAUACUUCAUAUGCAAGUCUUUUUAAGUUGUUGGGGCUUUGCCAUUAUAUCGUAAGUCAUGCAGUCACAUAUAAAGUCCAUGCUUUUUAUCGUUAUUUUAAAGGAAAGCAUAUCGGAUCCAAAGGAAAGGACAGGUGUUUUAAUCGUCCUGUAUUUUGUAGUAGCCAAAAAAAAAAAUCUUGACUAGGAUUCAAUUUACAUUGGUUUACUUAAAAAGAUUCUGUCUGAACCAAACUGCCUUGAUUUGUUGUCAGAUGUUCUAGUCCAGUUAAUCUGUGACUUGUCACUAUCAUACAUGUAUGUUAGAAAUAAAAUGUUUAUCUUCAUGUCAUGAAUGCACACUAAAAACAACAAUCAAGUGGCUCAACUCCGGUGCAGCAUGGAGCUUCUAAUUAAUGAAAAUUUUAUCUGAAUGGAUGCUCAAUUUUUCCAAGACAUUCACACUCUGAGAUUUUCAGUUCAGAAGCUUUGUGAUGCCGUGGUUUUUUUUUUCAAAUUAGGAAUAAGUUUAGGGGUAGAUAAAUUGCUCGAAUUUUAACUUAGAAACUAAUGAAUAUCCUAAAAAUUGAAAAAUGAUCACAGGUCCUUUGCACACCUCACACCACUCAAAACAUAACAGCUUUUAAAAAUUGAAUAUUUGAUAUGAAUUUCAGCAUAUUUGUAAUAUUAUGGUAUGAAUAUAUAUUUUUGCUACAUCUGAUGAUGAUAACUAAAUAUCAUUGCGUUAGAAUAGGAAAUCUAGGCAAUUGUUGUUUUCAAAUUGGAAAAUGUUGAAACCAGUACAUUAAACCUAGAACAUUAAUUGUGAAUAUUGUUUUUGUAUGUACAAAUUGUAUUGUGGCACAAUGCUGUAUUGUUAGAAUAUCUGAUUUAAUGUGCUCAUGUCAAAAAAUUACAGAGUAUGUAGUAUAGCACUAUAAAUCUCCAUGUCCUAAAAGACACUGAAUUUAAAUAUGCACAGAACAAAUUUAUAAAUAGUAACAGAUAGUUUUCAUUAAAUGAUCAUGUAGGCAAAAUGUCUCUGACAGAAAAGUAUUAUGAUUAUCUCUAUCCAGGCCAGAAGUGGCCUUUGCUACAACUAGUCACAUCAUUUUCAGUUGCCAACAUUUACAUAAACUGUUUCAAGUAAAAGACCAGCGUGUGUAUUUGACCGUGAGUGUUGUUGACAUGUGAUGAAAAUGUCAUAUUUGAACAAAAUAUCAAUAUAUGCUCAAACAAACAAAAAGUCUUUUGUUUCACAGUAUUUGAAAUACUAGCACAUUUUGGAAGGGUACAAGCAGGUUAGCCAGUUUUGAAUUGGAAUCAGGUGUAUAUUUGUAUGACUUUAUCUAGUAUUCAUUCUUUGACAUUUUUUUUUAAAUGUCCUACAAUUAAUUAUGUGCAUGUGUUGCAGUGUUUACGUUUUGAAAUAGCUGAAAUGUUUAUUGUUUUUCUGAUUGCUGGUCAGUAGAUAAUAUGUUGUUCCACUAAUUACUAGAUAGCCAUUUGUCAGAUUAGUCAUCAAAUCUCAUAGAAAAUUGGUCAUGAAUAGUAAAUGCCCCCUAUUGAUUGCUAGUCAAAGGACACAGGCUUUCUAGCUUAACAGCAUUGUUGUCCGACUGAAACCUGGUGAAUCUUUUGUGCAGUGGUCGUCAAACUUCAUAUAAGCUGGUGGUCAGAAUGACCCUUGUUGUUUAUAAGGUCAAAAGGUCAAAGGUCAGGGGGCUUUCUAGCAUACAUGCAGCAAUUGUCUGACCGGUAGGCAGAGGACUUGUGGUGCUCAUCUGUAUUCAACAGUAGGUUGGUUAUAGCCAGAAGAUUACCCCUGUUGAUUUGCUGGUCAUCAUGUUCUGUAAAUUGAAUUUCAAUUGUGGGAAGAGGGACAUAUUUGUGUUAUAUCUUUAUUUCCGUAGUGGCCAAAUUGACAAGGUCAAACUUUGGUAUCUCAAACAUCGAUAUCUCGGAUACCAUGGAUAUGUCAGAAGUGAGUUGGAAGUCCUAACUACAUUUUCUUUAGGACAUAUUUUGACCUCAAUAUCUCGAACCCAUGGAUAUCUCGAAGUUUUUUAUCGGCUCCAUCCAGUUUAAGAUAACGAGGUUUGACUGUAUUACCGUACUAAAUCUAUAGUUUAAUGUACAUACAGAAGUACAGAUAUGGCAGCAGUUUGAAUAUGAUGUGCUCUCUUCAUAAAGUAUUGUCUGUGAAAACAAGGUACUUGUACAUGUGAACUAUUGUAUGAAUAGAGCAGGGAUGUUUUCGGCUAUCUUUGUGAAGGCAUUUUUGAAUUGCUACAUGUAUACUGUACAUUGAAAAAUCUUAUAAAACUAGAUGCAUAUGGAGCAGCCUCUGUUACAAGUGAUUUAAUUUCUGAUGGAAUGUGUUUGAAGUUUUAUACAGUUGGACUUCGGUAUUUCGAAUCUCAAUAUCUGAAAAACCAUGGAUAUGUUGAUGUGAGUCGGAAGUCCCAACUACAUUUUCUUUACAUAUUUUAAGCCCAAUAUUUUGAACCCUCGGAUAUCUCAAAGGUCUUUCUUGGCGUCAUUGAGUUUGAGAUAACAAAAUAUCACUCAUAUAGGGCAUCGAAGGUACAGGAGCCUUGAUCUCUUAGUCCUAGACACCAAACAACGGAAACUGAACAUCCAGCACAGACACUGGCUGCAUAGUUAGAAUGGGUUAGGACACCAAUUUACAAUUAGACUGAACAGCCAUCACAGAGACUGGCUGCCUAGUUAGAAUGGGUUAGGACACCAAGCAACUAAACUGAACAUCCAGCACAGACUGGCUGCAUAGUUAGAAUGGGUUAGGACACCAAUUUACAAUUAGACUGAACAUCCAGCACAGAGACUGGCUGCAUACUAUAAAUAGGUUAGGAUAUCAACCAAAGCUGAAAUUUUCUGGUCUAGGCGUGGAUAAUCUAGUGGGAAAAUAAGUCACUGAAAUUUUCUGGUCUAGGCGUGGAUAAUCUAGUGGGAAAAUAAGUCACUGAAUUUUUUGUUAACAUCUUGUAAAACAAAUUUAGUUCAUAGCAAUUGGCCCUGCAAACAAAGUUACAGUGUAGGAAUCGACAUGUCUCUUUACUUGUUCAUCCCCCCCACUUUGUAUUGAGACAACAAUGUUACAGUAGUUACUGUAGGAGGCUUGGCUCGGGUUGAUUUUAUUUUAGUUUUAUCAAGGACAGGGAAUGAAAUUGUUUCCCAGUUGUAAUGUUAAAUGCAGCUUUGGAUGAAACGUCUAAUUUGAUGGACGAGUGAGGUGUGGAUGAGUGUGUGUGAUUCUGUUAAGACAGAAAUCUAGUUGUAUAAUGUUAUGGUGUUAUUAUUGUAAUCAAUAUAUGAUUGUUUAAGAUACAUUGUGGUUGUAUGGUGCAGUAAAUGCACUGAAAUAAAAUUCAUUAAAAAAUAUAAA